CCGAAUUGGAUAUGAGUGCAUAAAAACUACGUGCGAUGAUGACGUAUGAAUACCGUACGAUACUGUGCGAAUUUGCGGAAUUAUGUUCUGAAAGCUGAGGAUAGACGGUGAUUUUGGCUUUAUUUUGAGCUGUUGAUCGGAUGAGUGGAUCAAGAUGGAUAAGCACAUUUGUGGAACCUGCGGGUCACAAUACUCUACCAUAGAAGAUUUCAUACAGCACAAACAGUCUGAAUGUAAGUUGGUCUCAAAGACGCCUCAAGUUGUCCAAACUAUUGCGAUGAAGUUGUCUACGCCAGCCCGGUCCAAAGUCAACUCGACUCGAGGCCAAAAUGGACAACAUCACAAUGUUGUUUCCACAGCCACUGUGGAGACAAGCUCAGAGACACUGAAAGGAUCAUCAGGUAAAGAACCUGAGAAACAGAAAAAGAAGAGGGUGAGGAAAAAGAAUGCUGAACCAGCUGCUGGAGAAACACAAAGAAAGGCUGCAGGAGAAAAGAGAAAACCUAAUAAAUAUCUCAAGCAGUUUAAAUGUGAUUUUGAAUCCUGUACGUUUGCGACAGCUCAUCGGAAUGAUUUUCGCCGUCAUCAAAGGAUCCACACGGGGGAGAAGCCCUUCAAAUGUCAGUUUUGUGAGAAACAGUUCUCUAGAUGCGAUAAGAUGAAACUUCAUGAGAGGGUCCAUACAAAGGAGAAGCCCUUCGCGUGUGAAUUGUGUUCCUACAAGUGUGCUGACGGGGGAAGCUUGAAGAAACACAUGCGUAUUCAUUCGGAUGAUAGGCCCUACCAGUGUCAGCUCUGUUCCUAUGCCAGUCGCAACUCUAGCCAGUUGGUUGUCCACCUCCGCACCCACACUGGUGACUCACCAUUCCACUGCCAGCAGUGCGAUGCUAAGUUCAAAACCAACACCGAUCUGAAAAGGCAUAUCCUUAUCCACACAGGAAGCAAACCCUUUGCCUGUGAUCAAUGCAGCUAUAAAUCUCGUCUCAAGUGCAAUCUAAAAUCACAUAUUGAGACUAACCAUAGAGGGAAGGCAAAGUACCAGUGCUGCCAGUGUCCAUUCAAGUGUAGAACUCAGAAACAACUGAGUGAUCAUUCAUUUAAAGAACAUAGGAAUUCUGUGGUUAGUGCUAGUAGCACAUCUUUCCUCACCAAGACAAGCAGAGAAAAUUGCAAGAAAGUUUUCUCAUGUGAGUAUUGCACAUACUCGUCAAAGUACAAAAGUGCUUGGUUGAAACAUACCAAGAAAAAACAUUCUGAGCAAUUGAAACUCUUGGAUUCUACACAAGUAAAGACACCAACGUCUGUCACGAUGAAAAAAAUUCUUGUGAAGAAUGAGAACAGAUUGAAAGGAACAAAAGGCUCGAAACCAGUCAUUCCUGUGUUAGAUGGGAAUAGACCAUGGUCAUGCAAUAUUUGCGGUGCAUCAUUUAUAAGAGAAGAUUCUUUCAGGAGCCAUAGAAGACAGCAUGAAAAACUGCAGGAGAACCAAAAUAGUGCAACUCACGAAUCAAUAGAGAACACUUCAAAGACAUCUGAUCUAGAAUCUGAAAAGAGAUGCACAGCUGAUAUAAAUCAUGGCACAUUUGUGGUUACAGUAGGAACAUGUACAAACCAACCCGUUUCAGCAGAUGUUGAAAGGAGUGAUCCUGUUAGAAUGGAAGAUAUGUCUUCAAGAAAUAAUAUGUCACAGUCUAAUAACCAGGGUAUCAAGAGGUAUCCGAGUAGGAAUGGAGCAGGUACUUCUUCUGAUGCGUCCAUGGUUACCUUGACAAUACCUGACCCAAUGUCCAUGGGUGCAGAGGUCUGUAUCUCGGGAGAUACUUCAUUGAUUGGCACAGCUAUUCCCCAUGGCAACCCUCCAAAUAAUACAAUAAACAUCCUGCCAGAGUCCAGUGAAUCUCAAGGGAAACCCUGUCAAGGAGAGCUUAUGGCCAUGAUGCCAGUCAGCGUCGACAGGACACCCUCUGAACUUGGCAGCAACGUACUGCAGACAGAAGUUAUUAUAGCACAGGAAUGUGACACUUAUGUUCAUGAUAUUGUUGAAGGCGGACAGUUACAGAAGAAAGAUGCCAUCCAAUUUCAGCCCCUUGGCUAUGGAACAUCAAAUACUCCCAUCCUUUUGUCUACGGUGCCUCCUACUAUUGUCCAAAGUCCCAGUUCUUCUUGCCCAUCUGUUAUCAAUGCCAUGAAGACUUCUCAGACCAAGAUCAAUGCUUUUGAAAAUGUUAAUGUGUCUUUCACCUCCCCAUCCACUGCUGCUUAUGUAAACCUCUCUAAUAUUGGUCUUGGACAAGUAAAAACCGUGCCAUUCAUUAGUACAAAUCAGUUGCAAUCAGUUCAUCCCCCUGUAUCAAGAGGUGCUGUUCAACAAGUUCAGAUCAAAGACAGCCAACAUCAGGUACUGGACCAGAAUUAUAUUGGAACUCUGAACACUACUAUAAAUAACAGUGCUUUGACUACCAGCUCAACCGCAACCUACCUCAACAUGUCCUUAUCAAGUUCAGUCACAGGUAGUCAGCCUACAGAUCAAACUCCCCUACCAAAAACUUUUCUUCCCACAAGAACAUUUAUUUUGAAUGGAAGGGAGCUUAGCCAGGCUGGUCCAGCUAUUAAAGGCAAUGACUUCUAAAAUGAUCAACCUGCCCAGUAUGCACCACUAGUUGGACUACAUCUGGGAUUUUUUAAGGACAAGAGUGACAAGAAUGCAAGGUAAGUUUUUUAAAUUAAACAAUGUGACAACCACCCUUGAACAUGUUUAUAUUAAUUACAUGUAGGUGUUCAAUAUCAAAGGCAGAUAUGAAAGCAUUGGCAUGUUGAGGGUAGAAUAUGUACCACAUGCUUGUCUCAGGGGUGUGAGAGUUCAG